GUGCCUUUUGCGAGUUGCGACUUUGUGGACCGAUAUCACCGUGAAGAGCUAGCUGGUCCGGAGUCCACGAAUGGGUUGCUGAAAGAUAUUCCCAGCCCCAGGUUCCAUUCUUCUCCCACACCAUACUCCCGGAGUUGUCUCCAAUCGACCCGCCGCCCAAAUCCAACGAUUCUUCAGGAAUGUUGGGACGAUCAAUGGCAGUUGGUGUAUCUAGCUGCAAACACUCUGUAUCCUGCUCUCCAUUGAAUAUUGGGCCUCAGCGAGUUCGUGUUGCAUCGAGGUCGAGGAGGUCUAAAUCGAUGUCUCAAACUGAUGACAAACUAGCAAGUAAUGAAAGGGUAGUCCAGAAUCUCCAGAUGCUAGUGGAUUUAGAAGAUGAAAAAGAAGCAAUCAAGCCUAUAAAACGAAGAGCAACUCGCAAAAGGUCAAAGGUUUGGGAUCACUUUGAUUCUUUUACAAAUGAAAAGGGUGAGAACAAAAGCACUUGUAGAUAUUGUGGAAAAGAGUAUUUUUCAUCAACUAGAAUACAUGGGACUAGUGCUUUAUUGGGUCAUUUGAAAGUAUGUGCAUCAUAUCCUCAGAACAAGCCCUCUAAUCAAACUCAAUUGGCUUUUCAAACUGGAGAUGUUAAUGAGAACAAGCCUAAUUUAAUUGCUUGGAAAUUUGAUCAACAAGCAAUUAGGAAGGCUUUAUGUCACAUGAUAAUUGUUGAUGAACUUGCUUUUAAGUUUGUAGAGAGACAAGGGUUUAAGCAUUUUAUUAAUGUUUGUCAACCAUCAUUUCAAAUUCCAUCUAGAAUCACUGUGACUAGGGAUUGUUAUCAGUUAUAUUUAGAGGAAAAGAAAAAAGUAAGAGCUCAAAUUCAAGAAAAUGUUGGUAGAAUCUGUUUUACUACCGACACUUGGACUUCUUUACAAAAGGUUAAUUAUAUGUGUGUCACUGCUCAUUUUGUUGAUAAUGAUUGGAGGUUGCAAAAGAGAGUGUUAAGUUUUUCUCCGGUGUUAAGUCAUAGAGGAAAUGAUAUUGGAAAAGCUUUGGAAAUGUGUUUGCUUGAGUGGGGUAUUGAUAAUGUGUUUACAAUUACAGUUGACAAUGCUAGUUCAAAUGAUGUAGCGAUCACAUACUUGAAAGAAAAAUUUGCUAAUUGGGAAAAAUGUAUUUUGGGAGGAAAAUGGACACAUAUUCGUUGUGUUGCACAUAUUAUGAAUUUAAUUGUUCAAGAUGGGUUGAACCACAUUGGGGAAUCUGUUGAACGUGUUAGGGCUGCAGUUAAAUAUGUUAGGCAGUCCCCAGCAAGAAUUAAAAGUUUUAAAAGUUUUGCUGAAAUUGAGAAAUGCUGUAGCACUAAGAAUUUGGUGCUUGAUGUCCCUACAAGGUGGAAUUCGACCUAUUUAAUGUUGGAAACAACCCAAGCAUAUGAAAGAGCUUUUAGUAGAUUUGAUGCUGAGAAUUUACAUUUUAGGGAAGAUCUUGAAAAUACCGGGGUGCCUAGAAUAGCGGAUUGGAAGAAUGUUAGGAGGUUGAUUGGUUUUCUUGAACAUUUUUAUGAUCUUACUUUGAAAGUUUCAGGGACAAAGUAUGUGACUGCUCAUUCUUUUUUGGAUGACAUAACUUGUAUUGCUGUUGUAUUGAAAAAAUGUCUCAAUGAAGCAGAUGAUGUUGGCCUUAAAGACAUGGCAAAGUUUAUGAAAUCAAAGUUUGACAAAUAUUAUGGAGUGAUUGAAAAAAUGAACAUGUUAGUUGUUGUUGCUUCUGUGCUUGAUCCUAGGAAUAAGUUUGAAUAUCUAGAAGUUUUGUUUACUGAUGUGUAUGGAAAGGUGGAUGGAUCAUCAAUCGUUCAAAUUGUCAAAGAAUCAAUGAAUGAUUUGUAUGAUGAAUAUAUGAGAAUUCAUGCUCCACAUAAUACAACUCAUUCAUCUACUUAUGAUCAUUCUUCGUCUUCAUCAUCACUAGGUAAAAGGGUUUCACCAGUAGAUAUUGAACCUGCAAAAAUUUUGAAGGAAAAGUUCAGAAAUGAAAUGAAAAGGAGAAAGAUUGAGAGUGGUGUUAGAGAUUCUAAGUCCGAGUUGGAUAAGUAUUUGAAAGAAGAGACUGAAGUUGAUUCUGUCCAAUUUGACAUUUUGAAUUGGUGGAAAGUUAAUAGCCCAAGAUUUCCUAUUUUGUCUUUAAUGGCUCGUGAUAUUAUGGCGAUUCCAAUAUCUUCGGUGGCUUCCGAGUCUGUUUUUAGUACAGGUGGAAGAGUUUUGGAUGCAUUUAGGAGUUCUUUAACUCCUAAAAUAGUUCAAACAUUAAUUUGCAUGCAAGAUUGGCUUCGUGCAAGUUCUACCCCAAUUGACAUUGAAGAAAUUUGGGAAGAUCUUCAACAAAUUGAAGAAGAAGAAGGAACGGCUGGUAAUGUUACUUGAGCAAAGACAACUUGAUUGUUUACUUGUCAAUUUCUCUAAUUUCAAAGAUGCUUUUCUCAGAAAUGAAUCAAAGGAUGGCUGUGUUUGAUUGUUUAUGGCUCUCAUGGUCGUGGGCCUCGUGGCUGCUUUUGGAGACUUUGAAUAUGAACUUUAAUACCUUUACAUUGAAAUUUGGAUUCUCAAAACUUCUAUAAUAUUAUGUUAUGUAGUAGAAUUUGGAUGUUCUCAUUUAGAUUUGGUUAUGAUCAUUGAUCAGUGCUAUCUGUUUGUCA